GCCGUCCCUGGGCCGCGGAGGAGGGGUGGCGGCUGCGGCGCUGGCUGUGGCCCGAGCCCAGCCGGGGAGCUGGAGGCUGAGGGCGGGCCGGGGCGGGUCGCUCUAGACCUCGCGUCCACCUGCCCGCCCGCUCGCGCUCCGGCCGGUCGGCGGGGCCUGCCCGGGCCCGGGCCCAUGGCGGCGUCGGUGGCUCUGACCGCGGCGGCGGCGGCGGCGGCCCUGUCGGGCCUGGCGGUGCGGCUGUCGCGCUCGGUGGCGGCCCGAGGCUCCUAUGGCGCCUUCUGCAAGGGGCUCACGCGCACGCUGCUCACCUUCUUCGACCUGGCCUGGCGGCUGCGCAUGAACUUCCCCUACUUCUACGUCGUGGCCUCCGUGAUGCUCAACGUCCGCCUGCAGGUGCGGAUCGAGUGAGCGCCCGCGGCCACAGCGGCCCGGCCCGACCCCCUACUGCCACCGACCCCCUGCGCCAGACCCCGACCCCUAGCCACCGACCCCCUGCGCCAGACCCGAGCUCCAGCCUGGGCCGUCACCAGCCCACACGCGUCGCGGCCGAUGACAGAUUGCACAGAAACUCGUAAGACGGGCCCUUUCGGUCGGGCUCGAGAAAAUUAUUUGAGUGCAGCCAACCUGUUGCCUCACAUUGGCCGAGGGGGUAGGGGACCAGAAAGAAGCAAUUCUGCAGCAGGAGCUCGACUCAGCUGGCCCUGACCACCAAGGAACUGCUGUGUGUAGGUGGUGACCCGCCCCUUCUCUGGCCUUGUCAAGAGAGUCAAAUUGCUGCCCAGGGGCGCCCCUGGCCCUAGAGCUGCCUGGGGAGCAGCUGAGGGAAAGGCCUGAUGGAGGAGGAGAGGAAGGGCCUUCCAGGCAGAGGCCCUGAAAGGUGAGGUAGCCCAGUGGUCAGGUUCCGGCAUGCGGAAGGACAGACCCUGUCAUCUGGGCCCUGAGAUCUCCCAGCAAUACCAUGAGGGGGUUCUGUUCUCCCCUACGGAUUGGGGAAACUGGGGCUCUGUGGGAGAUAGGGAUUGUCCCUUGUCACACAGAUAAGAAGUGGUGGAGCUGAAUCUGCCCUUAGGCCUGCACUCCCCCAGCUGACCCUCAGGCUUCUCCAAGACCUGGCACAGUGGGAUGUGGGAGGGGAGCACAAGGCUCCCAGGGGACCUAGGGGGAGAGAGGUCCAGGGUGGGGAAGGUGUGGAACCAGCUUUACUUGGAGCCAUAUGAGAGGUCAGAGGGAAAACCAGGAGGCCAGUCUGAGCUGAGAAGGGCACAAGAGAGAUGAAUCCCAGCACCCCCCCCCGCCCCCCACAGGGAGCCCAGGUCCUCACCCACAGAGCCUGGCCUCCCCAAUCCCCACCCCUACCUCAGGCUUGACCAAGGGCUCCACAGCAGUUGGGUGGCACAAGCCUCUGAGUUUGGGUGGAGGGGUGGGGGUGGGACAUGAUGUAACCAGGAGGGUGAAGGGCUAACCCUGGGGUGGGAUGGGACAUGACCCCAUCUCUCUGUCCCCAGUCUCAGCCCAGGAUCACACAGGAGAAUCUCCUCUGGAUGGGCUUGGAUUGGUCCUAGAGGCCCUGGGUGUGCUGCUGACUGGCAUACCAGGAUGGCCAGGGGCAGCCCAGAGGGGCGCCAGGAGAGACCCUGGCCCUCACCACCCACCCUGCUCCCACAGCUGCUCUGACACUGGUUGCUCCAGGCCCACGUACUCAGAGUCCCUGGGACUGAAAACCGCAGCAGCCUGUUCAAGCCCAGAGACAGUGGCCCACUCCCACACCAUGUGCCCUCUUCAGCUGCCCAGCAGGAGCCUGAGUCCUGGGUGAAGAUCUCCGCCUCUCAUCCCAGGGACUGAGGCUGGACCAGAGCCACCAUGUGGCCCCCGCAGUUUCCCACAGACGGGGCCUGAUGGCUUCCUUCCUUGUGCCAAGUCUCCUGGGAGCCCCCGUCCCAGUGGUCCCCUUCCACCCCAACUCUGCCCACCCAGGACCACUUCUGGGAGCCUGCCAGCCUGCUGACUCCAUCCAUCGAUCUCCGGGGCAGCCUCUGAGAGAUGAGAGCAACACAGGGCUGCAUGAGAGGAGAGGAGGACGAGGGGCCUCCUUGGGGCUGACACACAGAUGUGCCCCUUUCAAGCCCAGGUGUCACCCUCUGGGUGACUCCAGCAUCUUUCUGAGCCAGCCAGGCGGGGAGGAGGAAGGCCUGAGAAUGGCAUGAGGGAGGCUCUUCACUGAACGUGUGUGCGAGUGUGAGUGUGUGCGCGUGUGUGGUGGGGUGGGGUGCUGCUGUGGGGCAGGAUGAGCGCACUGGGUGCCUGGCCCUCCCUGGGCAAGCGGCUCAGCUGGACCUGCCUGGGGCCUAGGAGGCCACUUCCCCACAGACAGGGCACAGCCUCAGGGGCCCUGGCCUCAGAGACCUCCUCUCCUCAGAGAGCCCCACCCCACACAGAGGGGCGCAGCAAGUCCAGAUGGCUCUGGCUCUGGCUGGCUGGGCUCAGAGGGGUUGGCGGGGGGUGGGUCCUCAGCCUGAGUUCCUGCCCCUGCUUUCCUUACCGUCUGGCCUUGAGUAGUUAGCACGCUUCUGCUCUCCCCCCCUUCCCUCCUCCCCUGGGCCCUGGCUGCUCGACGGGCUCUCAGUGCACUUUAUUUAUUUGCAGCCUGCUUUUCAGGCAGCAGAGCUUCUAGAAAAUCAAAGACCGACCUGAGUAAGACGACUUUCCCUUUUCUGUGUGUGAACUCUGUACUGGCAGCACAAUCUGGUCAGAGAUAAUGGUCUUGUUCCUGGUGUUGUCACAUCUUGUUGUCUAAGUAAAAAAUAAUAAGUCUUUGAGUUCAAUAAAAUACAAUAAAACUGGA